AUGGGCUCAGAUCUCGAGUCUGGCAGCGAGCUUUCUUCGCGACAUGUCCCUGAAAAGCAGCCACCAGCCACUGACGGUCAAUCGCCCUUUACCGAGCUCCUUACCGACACCGACACCGCUGGCUCGGCCACGCCAGAGCACGAGGCAGCUGCCGUCAAAGCAGUCGAACAAAUGAGCAAUCUUCGUUGGUUCAGCGUCUGCGUUGGGCUGUACUCAACUGCUUUCCUAUACGGGUUGGAUUCGACUAUCUCCGCCUCCGUGCAGGGCCCCGUUUUGGCUUCCCUCGGCAACCUGAACCUGCUGCCAUGGAUCGGCACUGGAUUUAUGCUCGGCUCUGUGGCCACCAUCUCGCUGUUCGGCUCGCUGUACAACAAGAUCGAGGUCAAAUGGCUGUACUUGGGUAGUAUCCUCACCUUUGAGGUCGGCAGUGCCAUCUGCGGUUCAGCUCCCAAUAUGAGUGCCAUGGCUGUCGGUCGAGUUGUGGCAGGAAUAGGCGGCUCUGGUAUCUAUCUUGGAGGUGUGAACUACAUCUCGAUGUUUGUGACUCCAGCUAAACGACCAUUCUACACUGCUUUAAUCGGCACAUUCUGGGGCCUAGGCGCUAUCCUUGGACCCGUCAUCGGUGGUGCAUUUGCUCAGAGUAAAGCAACUUGGCGAUGGGCCUUUUAUAUCAACCUCGUUAUCGGGGCCGUCACUGCCCCGAUCUACAUCCUCUGGUUUCCGCGCUACGGCGCACAUCGCCACGAGCCAAUACUUCCGCGCAUCAAGAACCUGGACUGGCUGGGCGCCUUGCUCAAUGCCGCCACGUUUUCCCUCUUCGUCACUUCGUGUACGCUCAGCGGCUCUCAGUGGGAGUGGAACUCGGCCACCGUCAUCACCCUCUGGGUCAUGACGGGUGUUGUCGUCCUGGCUUUUGCGCUGCAACAAUGGACCGCGUUCUUGACGACGAAGGAAGAUCGCAUCUUUCCCGUGUGGUGCCUCAAAAGCCGGUCGCUCGUCCUGUUGUUUAUCGGGACUGCGGGCACCAGCGCCAUCUUGAACGUCGACAUCUACUAUCUGCCUCUCUAUUUCCAAUUCACCGCCGGAAUUAACCCUAUGGAGGUCGCGGUUCGGCUUCUGCCCUUUGUGUGUCUGAUAAUAUUUGCCACUAUGCUCUCUGGUGCUCUUUUACCGAAAUACAACCUUUACGCCGCUUGGUACACCGCUUCUGGCGUAAUUGCCUUGGUCGGGGGUGCGCUCCUAGCGCGAAUCGACCCUACAACACCUACAAGGGAUAUCUAUGGAUUUGAGGUCCUGGCAGGGUUCGGGUGUGGUCUGACCUUCCAAGCCGCCUACGCAAUCGCUCUUGUCAAGGCUCCAAUGGAAAAGGCAUCCUCGGUCCUCAGCUUCAUCAACGUGGCGCAACUGGGCGGCGCCGCCCUAUCAUUAGCGAUAGCAGGGUCCGUGUUUCACAAUGUCGGUUUCAACACUAUGCAGAGCGCCCUCGGCGGGAGGGGCUAUACCUCCGCCCAAAUCCACGAGGCCCUGGGCGGCGGAUACUCGCCCAUUAUCAACGAAAGCACCCCGGAGGUGCGCGCCAUCGCAUCGGAUGCCAUCGCCAGCACCCUCGCGAAAAUCUACAUCUUAUCAGCCGUUGCAGCGGCGGCAAUACUCGUGUCGGGGCUUUUGAUGCGGUGGGAGAAGGUGAAAAUGGCUUGA